GUUCAUAAUUUCUCCAUGUCGGAUUUUAGAAACUUGUACUACCAUGCGAGUUCAUUCAAGAAUGAUCACGAUCAGCAAAGUUUUGGGGAUGAAACUGAUAGCAUCUAUAGGGUUUCGUCAUCCUCUGUUGAUCCUUCGGUCAUGAGCUUCCCUGAUUGUUUACACACUACUUCCAUGGACUACGGUUCACUUGAAAUGGCUUUUGGUCUGUCACCGUCAUCGUCGGAAGUAUUUAAUUCAGUCCAAGGAAGCAACCGGGCGACGAAGCAGCUGGUCGGUGCUGAGGAUUUAGGAGGCGGUACCGGUGAAGUUACGGGGACUCUUAAUUCUUCUAUUUCUUCUUCAUCCAGCGAGGCUGGUUGUGAAGAAGAUUCAGGCAAGAGUAAGAAAGAUGUGCAGUCAAAAGGAUCAGAAGACGGAGGUGAAAGCUCAAAGAAAGGGAACAAAGCAAAAACGAAAGGAGAGAAAAAGCAAAGGGAACCACGAUUUGCUUUCAUGACUAAAAGUGAAGUUGAUCAUCUUGAAGACGGGUACAGAUGGAGAAAAUAUGGACAAAAAGCUGUGAAGCACAGCCCAUAUCCGAGAAGCUACUACAGGUGCACUACACAAAAGUGUACAGUGAAGAAGAGAGUUGAGAGGUCAUUCCAGGACCCGUCGACUGUUAUCACAACAUACGAAGGCCAACACAACCACCCACUUCCGACGACACUGAGAGGAAGCAUGGCUGGUCUAUUUCCACCUUCCAUGUUAACCCAAUCGCCACUGGGGGGACCAAACUUCCCACACGAACUGCUCAUGCAGAUGCCUAAUUAUCACCAUCAGAUGAAUAACCAAGCCACUGCUGGUUCGAUGUUUGGACAAAGCGUUAGCCCUUUUCAGCAGUACCUCCAUCACCCGGCUCCGGACUAUGGACUUCUUCAAGACAUGGUUCCUUCCAGGUUCCUUAAACAUGAACCAUGAGUCUCCAACUCUCUU